AGCUGAACUUUGACCCUUGAGCCACACUGUAAGACUGGUUUCAGAGCAACGGCAGCCUUCAGACAGAGACGACUGAUAACGGAGAGGAAGAGCAGGAUCUUGUCUUCUUCUCCACAGACCUGCUUCAGACAGCAUAGUGAAGACGCUGGUGGAAGAAGGUGAAGGUGUGACGUGUGUGUGAGCUGGUGUGACUUCAGCAGCAUGGAUCAGUGUGAGGACAGAGAGGAGGGAGUCCCUCCCUCUAAAACCGGUCUGUGUGGAGAACAUGAGAGCCAGAGCAAAGCUCAGAGAUACUGCCUGCUAAAGGAUCAUCCUCUCUUCAGAUCACAAGCCUCUAAGUUAGAAAAACCAGAACCUGGACCAGAACCCAGCUGUGUGUCCUUUAAGAGAUGGUCAAUGGGACAGGUUAUCAAAUUCAACCAGCGUGUUCCCAGUGAGCAGCAGAUCCAUCAGAGACUCGGACCUGGACCUGGACCCAGCUGUGUGUCCUUUAAGAGCGACCGGUCAAAGGAUUUUAUAAUUCACUUUAGUUCAUCAGGAGCCCCCCCAGCCCCAGCAGAGAGAGUGGACCAGCAGAGCUCAGAGGUUCCCAGUGGUCAGUCUGCCCAGCAGCAUCAAACACAGCUGGACUCCAUCUUUAUGCUGCUGGUGGACAACAUCCUCACUUUUGUGAAGAAUGAGCUGAAGAAGAUCCACAAGCUUCUGAGUUCAGAUGACCCAGAAUGCCUAGAGAGGCUGAGGGAGGAUGAGGAGGUGUUAGAGGGUGAGGAUGAAGAGCAGAGGAGGAGCAGCAGAGAAGCGUUUGUGAAGAUCACAGAUUCUUUCCUGAGGAGGAUGAAGCAGGAGGAGCUGGCUGAGCGUCUGCAGAGAAGUAAGAGGAUUUGUCUAAAGAUUAAACCUGCUGGAGGAAUGAAGCACAAACUGAUGGAUCAUUCAGAUGUUCACUUCAUCAUGUUUUGUCUUCAUUCAGGACGUGUUGCUGCAGUUAGUCAACAGAAACUUAAAAGUGUUCUGAAGAAGAAGUUCCAGUGUGUGUUUGAGGGAAUCGCUGCAGCAGGAAACCCAACCCUUCUGAAUCAGAUCUACACAGAGCUCUACAUCACAGAGGGAGGGACUGGAGAGGUCAAUGAUGAACAUGAGGUCAGACAGAUCGAAACAGCAUCCAGGAAAGCAGCCAGACCAGAAACAUCGAUCAGACAAGAAGACAUCUUUAAACUCCCACCUGGAAGACACGAACCAAUCAGAACAGUGAUGACAAAGGGAGUGGCUGGCAUCGGGAAAACAGUCCUAACACAGAAGUUCACUCUGGACUGGGCUGAAGACAAAGCCAACCAGAACAUCCACUUCCUGUUUCCGUUCACCUUCAGAGAGCUGAAUCUGCUGAAGGAGAAGAAGUUCAGCUUGGUGGAACUUGUUCAUCACUUCUUUACUGAAACCAAAGAAAUCUGGAGCUUUGAAGAGCUCCAGGUUGUGUUCAUCUUUGAUGGUCUGGAUGAGUGUCGACUUCCUCUGGACUUCCACAACAAGGAGAUCCUGACUGAUGCUACAGAGUCCACCUCAGUGGAUGUUCUGCUGACAAACCUCAUCAGGGGGAACCUGCUUCCCUCUGCUCUCAUCUGGAUCACCACGAGACCUGCAGCAGCCAAUCAGAUCCCUCCUGAGUGUGUUGGCAUGGUGACAGAGGUCAGAGGGUUCACUGACCCACAGAAGGAGGAGUACUUCAGGAAGAGAUUCAGAGAUGAGGAGCAGGCCAGCAGGAUCAUCUCCCACAUCAAGACGUCACGAAGCCUCCACAUCAUGUGUCACAUCCCAGUCUUCUGCUGGAUCACUGCUACAGUUCUGGAGGAUGUGUUGAAAACCAGAGAGGGAGGAGAGCUGCCCAAGACCCUGACUGAGAUGUACGUCCACUUCCUGGUGGUUCAGACCAAAGUCAAGAAGGUCAAGUAUGAUGGAGGAGCCGAGACAGAUCCACACUGGAGUCCAGAGAGCAGGAAGAUGAUUGAGUCUCUGGGAAAACUGGCUUUUGAUCAGCUGGAGAAAGGAAACCUGAUCUUCUAUGAGUCAGACCUGACAGAGUGUGGCAUCGAUAUCAGAGCAGCCUCAGUGUACUCAGGAGUGUUCACACAGAUCUUUAGAGAGGAGAGAGGAGGACUGUACCAGGACAAGGUGUUCUGCUUCGUCCAUCUGAGUGUUCAGGAGUUUCUGGCUGCUCUUCACGUCCAUCUGACCUUCAGCAAGUCUGGAGUCAACCUGAUGGGAGGAGAAGAAAUAAAAAAGAGAAUAUCUUCAUUUAAGAAACCCAAAAUAAAACAUCUCCACCAGAGUGCUGUGAACAAGGCCUUGGAGAGUCCAAAUGGACACCUGGACUUGUUCCUCCGGUUCCUCCUGGGUCUUUCACUGCAGACCAAUCAGACUCUCCUACAAGGCCUGCUGACACAGACAGGAAGUAGCUCACAGACCAAUCAGAAAACAGUCCAGUACAUCAAGGAGAAGAUCAGUGAGAAUCAGUCUCCAGAGAAAAGCAUCAACCUGUUCCACUGUCUGAAUGAACUGAAUGAUGUUUCUCUAGUGGAGGAGAUCCAACAGUCUCUGAGUUCAGGAAGUCUCUCCACAGAUGAACUGUCUCCUGCUCAGUGGUCUGCUCUGGCCUUCACCUUACUGUCAUCAGGAAAAGAUCUGGAUGUGUUUGACCUGAAGAAAUACUCUGCUUCAGAGGAGGUUCUUCUGAGGCUGCUGCCAGUGGUCAAAGCCUCCAACAAAGCUCUGCUGAGUGUCUCUAACCUGUCAGAGAGAAGCUGUGAAGUUCUGUCCUCAGUUAUCAGCUCCCAGUCCUCUGGACUCAAAGAACUGGACCUGAGUAACAACAACCUGCAGGAUUCAGGACUGAAGCUUCUGUCUUCUGGACUGAAGAGUUCACACUGUCACCUGGAGACUCUCAGCCUGUCAGGUUGUCUGAUCACAGAGGAAGGCUGUGCUUCUCUGGCCUCGGCUCUGAGCUCCAACCCCUCCCAUCUGAGAGAGCUGGACCUGAGCUACAAUCAUCCAGGAGACUCGGGAGUGAAGCUGCUGUCAGCUGGGCUGAAGGAUCCACACUGGAGACUGGACACUCUCAGGGUGGAGCCUGCUGGAGUCCGAUGGUUGACACCAGGUCUGAGGAAGUAUUCCUGUCAGCUCUCCAUCGACACAAACACAGUAAACAGAAACCUCAGACUGUCUGACAACAACAGGAAGGUGACAUGUGUGGAGGAGGUUCAGUCAUAUUCUGAUCAUCCAGACAGGUUUGAUUACUGGUCUCAGCUGCUGUGUGGACCUGGUCUGACUGGUCGCUGUUACUGGGAGGUCGAGUGGAGAGGAGGAGUUUCUAUAUCAGUGAGUUACAGAAGAACCAGGAAUAAAGGAGUCAGUACAGACUGUUGGUUUGGAGGGAAUGAUCAGUCCUGGAGUCUGGACUGCUCUGAAGUUGAUGGUUACUCUGUCUGGUACAAUAAAAGAGAAACACCCAUCUCCUCCUCCUCUGUCUCUAACAGAGCAGCAGUCUAUGUGGACUGUCCUGCUGGCAUUCUGUCCUUCUACAGAGUCUCCGACGACUCACUGAUCCACCUCCACACCUUCAACACCACAUUCACUGAACCUCUUUAUCCUGGAUUUGGGUUCUGGUCUACUUCAAGUUCUGUGUUACUGUGUACAGCUUGAUGUGACGAGUGUCCUCCUGUCAGAGAAGCACUCUCACUUAGUGCGUUUACACGCACAUCAGAAAACUGAAGUAUUACCCUAAAAAAGACUCACUUCAGUUUUUUUAUUGCAUGUAAACGCAUUAGUCUGGCUGAUGGUGAACUGGUUCUAAUCAAGCUGAAGCACCCAGAUAAGGAGGAAGCAGAUAAGAGGAAGUAGGACACUCCCAUUCCGGAAGUGACGAGAUCGCGGAAGCAGCUUCUCUAUCAAGACCAUCGUCACAAAGCAACACGUCUAACACCAUAAAACAGGACAGUGCGUACCAAAUAAAUGGUCUGGAUUUGUAUAGAGCCUUCUUAGGGUUCUACAACCCCCCCAAGGAGCUUCACAACACAACCGGUCGUUCACCCAUUCACACUCUGGUCGGGAUGAGCUGCGUUGUAGCCACAGCUGCCCUAGGGCGCACUGACAGAGGUGAGGCUGCAGAGCACUGGCACCACCGGUCCCUCUGACCACCUCCAGCAGGCAAGGGGGGUUAAGUGUCUUGCCCAAGGACACAAAAGAAGCAUUCUCUGGUCGGAGCUGUGCUGCAGCAUUGUUGUUGUGUAUUCCUUCAGCCAUUGUGCAUAUCCUGUUUCAAUUCUAUCUGCUUCACUCUCACCAGCCUCUGUUUACUGCUCGUGAUGCUAAAAGCUAACCGGAAGAAUGCCGGCAUGAAAAAGGGACCUGAAACCUGAAAAUUAGUUGAACACCUAUGAAAAUUCAAAGGGUAUUACUGAUGUCAUUAAGUGUUCCAACAGGAAGUGACAUCACUAAAGCCAUUUGGCCUCAACAGUCUGCUUAGAAACAUCCUGGACCUUCUGCUCAUGUUGUUUAUUAAUGCUGUCAAUCAGAAGCAGAAAAAAAGUCUCUGGAAAAUAUUUUAAUAUUAGAUCAGAAUAAAAUAAAAAUAGAAUUAUGUUUAGAGUUUUUAUUCAUUUGUUGCUUUUUGUAUUUUUGCAAUUUAAAAAAGUUGAAUAAAUGAUUGAAUCCAUCUUCUGUAAAUAUCUUAUCUACAAUUCGCCCAAUCUCCAGAGUUGACUACGGCAAGCUCUAUGGCUCAAAAAUGCAGCGUAUGUGUCUGAGGGGAGAACUGUUUUCCCUCAGGUCAAAUAUCAAAUGACUGAGACGUCACCUGAUGCUCCUGAAACAAUAAACACAAGUUGUAACUCAGGCUUUGCU